AUGGCAAUGGAACUGGAGGGCCCUGCCACGACUCUCCUCGUGGUCGUGGGGCUCCUCAUCCACCUGGCCGGAUCCAGCCCCCCGCCGACUCCUGUGGUCUGCGCCCGCGGCACGUCCGACUGCACGGUCACCAACGCGUACGGCUCCUUCCCGGACCGCGCCACCAGCCGCGCGGCCAGCGUCACGUACCCGAGCACCGAGGAGGAGCUUGUCGCGGCCGUGGCGGCCGCAGCGGCGGCCGGGCGCAAGGUUAAGGUGGCCACCAGGUACUCCCACAGCCUGCCCAAGCUCGCGUGCCCCGGCGGUCGCGACGGCAUCAUCAUCAGCACCCUGCAGCUUAACAGCACGGUCAGGCUCGACGCCGCCGCGCGGAUGAUCACCGUGGAGAGCGGCGUGCUCCUCCGGGACCUGCUCCGGGCCGCCGCCUCCGCGGGGCUGGCGCUCCCGCACUCGCCGUACUGGUCCGGCGUCACGGUCGGGGGGCUGCUCGCCACGGGCGCGCACGGGAGCUCGCUGUGGGGCAAGGGGGGCGCCGUCCACGAGCACGUCGUCGGGCUGAGGAUCGUGACGCCGGCGCCGGCGAGCCGGGGGUUCGCGGUGGUGAGGGAGCUUGGCGACGGGCACCCGGACCUGGACGCCGCCAAGGUCUCCCUCGGCGUCCUCGGCGUCGUCUCCCAGGUCACUCUGGCAUUGCAGCCGUUGUUCAAACGGUCGGUGACAUUCGUGGAGCGCGACGACGCGGACCUGGAGGACCAGGUGGCGGAGUGGGGCCGCCUCCACGAGUUCGGCGACGUGGCGUGGCAGCCGGGACGCGGCAAGGUCGUGUAUCGCCAGGACAACCGCGUGGACGUGUCGUCGCCGGGCGACGGCGUGAACGACCACCUCGUCCUCCGGCCGAGACCGGCGCUUGGGCGCGUCGAGGCCAGGCGUGCAGAGGAGCUGCUGGAGGAGAACGCCACCGACGUCGCCAGGUGCGCGGCGGCGGCGGCAGCGGCUCCUGCUAGUCAGCCGCAGCCGCACGGCUUCACCAACGACGGCGAGGUCUUCACGGGGUACCCCGUGGUGGGGUACCAGCACCGCAUGCAGGCGACCGGCGCAUGCAUCGACUGCCCGGAAGACGGGCUUCUCACCUCCUGCAAGUGGGACCCUCGCCUCGGGGCAACCUUCAUCUACAACUCGGCCAUCAGCGUCCCUCUCCGCAACGCCGCGGCGUUCGUCGCCGACGUGAAGCGCCUCCGGGACCUCAACCCGCGCGCGUUCUGCAGCCUGGACGCCAGGGGCGGCCUGCUCGCGCGCUACAUCAGGGCGUCGUCAGCCCACCUCGGCAAGCCGGAGGACGCGGUUGACUUCGACCUCGCCUACUACCGGAGCUACACCGCCGGCGCGCCCCGCGCGCACGCGGACGUCAUAGACGAGCUCGAGCAGAUGGCGCUGCGCAAGUACGGCGGCCUACCGCACUGGGGCAAGAACCGCAACUUCGCCUUCGACGGCGCCGUCGGCAGGUACCCGAAGGCCGGCGAGUUCCUGGAGGUGAAGGGCAGGUACGACCCCGAUGGGCUCUUCUCCAGCGAGUGGAGCGACCAGGUCCUCGGCAUCAACGGGACGAGCCCGAGAGUCGACAAGGAAGGCUGCGCCAUGGAAGGGCUGUGCGUCUGCUCCGACGACUCGCACUGCGCGCCGGAGAGGGGCUACCUCUGCCGGCCGGGGAAGGUGUACACAGAGGCCAGGGUUUGCUCGUCCUCGUUCCCGCCAGCCGCCGGCGCGCUCCGGGAUGAGCUCUGA